AGAAAUCCUAGUUUUUCAAGUCUAAUUAUGGCACGGCUUGUCAAUAAGAAAGACGCCAAGGCUGUCUUCUUGGCAACCAUUCUAGCCACCGUCAUGGCCAUGUCGUCGUCAUGUCACGCCGCCAACGAUGAGUGCUACGAUCUGCUGCCGUGCACGGCCAACACUUGCAGCGUGUACUGCAAGCAGCUGGGGUACAAGGAGCCCAAGAUAGGGUGCUGGCGUACUCGGAACCCCAAGGCAGGCAACUACUACGGCACUUGCUGCUGCAACCAGCAUCCGGUUCAGGCCAUCGUCGACGGACGUGCUGCGGCGCCGGCGCCGGAGAUGGAUCCAUCUCCAGCACGGUUUGAUUGAUUGAUUGAUUCAGC